AUGACAGUAGCUGAGAAUGUGGUUUUAAAGGCCGUAUUUCAAGAAGAUGAAGCUCUCUCUCAAAUCAAGAUUGUCAAGCAAAAAGUGCUUGAAAGUAUUACAUUAACCGGCUCAAAUGAGAUCAAUAAGAAAAUUAUUGAGAUUAAACAAA